AUGUAACAUCAUAAUUCACAUUUGAAAUCUAAUCCUAAUCCUCGAAUGUUUACUAGGUAAAUCAGCAGCAAGAGUGAGUCAGCUUCUAGAUUAUCUGAAAUCUCGGAUGAUAGUAGUAGAUAAAUGGUUGAUUAAAAUCGAAGCAAAUCACAUACUCGCAACAAUUCUAAACAACCUAGAAUGAUUCUAUAGGAAUAACUAAACUAAAAAAUUAAAAUGACUAGUGAAAUUAAUACUGUUAAUACAACAUUGAAAAAGACUAAAUUUGAUAGUAUCUGGAUUCAUACAAACUUUUUAAAGGCUCUGAAGGCUGAAAGAAUGAAAUAACAAUUUAUUAAUAAUCUGUUUACAAAUUCAUAUGUGUUAAGACAAAAUAAAAAAUAGCUGAUUCAUGAUAAGUAUAUUAAAUAAAGCAUAAAAUAACCAAUUUUAGCAACAUUUUCUUAAUCAAGCAUACCUGUGAUUUCACCAACAAGUGGAUUUAUUAUCAUAUGGGAUGCAAUUGGAACAAUUAUUAAUUUUAUGAUCCUCUGGCUUAGUCCAUUCCUAUUAUCCUUUUAAUCUUAAUCUGAUUUGAUCUCAUUUUCAGCCCUUUAAUUAUUCAUUAUUAUAUUCUUAAUCAGCGAUAUUGUUGUAACCUUAAAUAAAGGAAUCAUAAUCCAAGGAAUUGUGAUUAAAAAGAGAAGAAAAUUGAUCGAAUAAUAUACUUAAACAACUGCAGGCAAUGACCUUAUGAACUUGGCUUUAUGGAUUAUGAUUUAAUAAGAUUUGGUAUAAUAUUAAAUCUUGGGUGAAUUCAUUACAUUUUGUUAGUUAAUUGUAACAUACAGGAAGAUUUAAAAGUAUUUAUCUGAUUAUUUUUUGCUUGCCUUUUUUAAAGGGUCCUCAAGCUUUUUAAUGGAUUUGUUAAGUUUGAUCUUUUCAAUAUAUUUUUUUGCACAUAUUGUAGCAUGUUUUUGGCAUUAUGUUGGAAUAAAAUCUGAAGAAACUUCAUGGCUAAUAAGAUAUCAAUUAAUCAAUGAAUCUCUAUGGAAAUAAUAUAAUUAUUCUUUCUAUUGGGCAACAAUGACAAUGACUACGGUUGGAUACGGUGAUAUAACAGCACAAAGUUAGUUAGAAAUUAUUUAUGUAGAUAUUAUUAUGUUUUUGUCCAGUGGAGUUUUUGCUUAUUCAAUGAAUUCAAUAGGAAUGAUCUUAAAGAAUCUACAAGACUCAAAAAUAAAAUAUAAAAGAUCUUUGCUGUAAAUGAAUACAUUUAUGAGUAAGAACUAAGUAGAACCUUAAAUUUAGAGCAGAAUUAGAAAUUAUUUGAAAUAUUAUAUAGAAUAGGAACAAAAUGAGAAUUAAGAGGAUGUUAAUAAUUUAAUUUCCUUAUUACCUAAGAAUCUAUAAUAAGAUUUAAAUACUGAUAUAUAAACUAAGGUUAUCAAUAAAGAUAAAUUUGUGAUCAACCAUUUUUCUAAAAGAACUUAGCAAGAGUUAUCGAAAAUGUUGGAAUUAGUAAAUUAUACACCUGGCGAUUAUAUUUAUAAAAGAGGUGAAAUUUCUGCUAAGAACCUGUAUUUCAUCAAGGAGGGGGAAGUUGAUAUUAUUGAUGAAUCGAGCAAGAUGAAAUUCACAAAACUGUAAUUAAAUUAACCUUUUGGGAUAUAUUAAUUUUUUACUAAUUUUCCACCUAAGUCUUCUGCUAUCAGCGUUGGCUUUUCUAACAUCUAUAAAAUUAGUAGAUAAGAUUUUCUAGAUAUUUUGCAAUUUAACAGAAAAGAUUUUGAAAAAUUUCAUUAUAUCAAAGAUUAAAUAAUUUUCAAUUCGAAUUAUCGAAUAUUUGAUAUAUAAUGUCAAUUUUGUGAUAGAUACAAUCAUUAAGAAAUUGAUUGCCCCAUUCUAACAUACAAGCCAGAUUUAGAAUAAAGGAUUCUGAAAAUGGCUUAAUAAUCAAAUGAAACAAACAGGUUAAAAGUUAUUAGAAGACGAAGUAAAGUUAAUACACUAUUUUAAUAUUAAUAGAUUAGUUAAUAAGUUAAUUCGUUUUUAGAAGAUAAUUACGGUUAUCAGGUUUCGAAUUCCUUACAAGUUGCCAUAGCAGCUCAGAGGUCAAAAAGUAAUAAUUACUCUGAAUUAAACACUGAGCAUAAAAAAACUACAGGUAUUAUGCUGGAUGACGGAGACUAUGAGUAAGCAAAGUAAUUGUUUGCAGAAGGUUCCUUGAACAGAGUAUUAAUCAAAGUAGAUCAAAUUACAAAUCAAGAUUAAGAUUUUCCUUGUUUGAAACUAAAUAAAAGGGAAUCGAAUAAUUAAGUUAAGGAGUUUAAUAUGUUGGAUGAUUUAAUAAGUAAUAAUAAAUGGUUUCAUUGUCCAAUUUAAUGCGAUCAAUAUUAAUCCUAUGAGAAUUACUUUCCUUAAGGGAAUGUAGAGUGCAUUAUUCAGUAAUUGGAAAAUUUUAAUUCUAAAUAUCAAAAAAAAGUUUAAAAAUAUAUUUAAAGUAUGAAAAAGUAUAGUUUUUUUUAUAAAGUAAAAUUAAAAGCGCUGAAACUAAGACUAUUUUAUAUGAAGACUCUAAAUAAUGAAUGA